AUGCGAUUUGGACAAAAUAUUUCUCUAGCUGAGGAAGGGCUCAACCUUGAAAACAUAGCCAAGAUAUUUAAUUCUGGUUCAGAAAAAUUAUCAUCACUUGAAAUUCCAGAAACAAGUGAAAUGAGUAAACAUCGAGUCAUCAUUCGUGAUCUCGGCGUAAUAAUGAAAAAAAGUGAUAUUGUCGUUCAAAAUGGGAAAUUAAUUUCCGAAGUACUUUUUGGAUUAGAUAAAGAAAUACAAAGUGCGGGUGAUGAAUUAGAAGAAUUUCAUCAUAAAGCAGAGAAUUUCUUUUGGCUACUUGCUACAGAAAUGAAGUCAAUUGUUCAAGAAAUUGAAAAGUAUGAAGGUUCAUUUUUCAAUUAUUUUAUUGGAUUAAAUGGUAAAUCGGUUUCAAGUAAUCUUGAAACUUUUAUUCGUGAACGUCUCAAAUCGAUAGAAAAACAGAUACCAGGGUUUCAGGAUCAACUUAAGCAAGUUCUUAGCUCAAUUUAUAAAGUUCAAGAAGGUGCAAACAUUGCACACGAGUAUCUUCUUGAUGGUGAACGUGAGGCUGAGCAGGCCUUAAGAAAACAUUGGUUAGGAGAUGUUAUCGAUUAUACGCUACGAAAGCGAGUAGAAUCAGAGCUUGGACAAGUGCAAGAUAUUAUAAGAUUACUACGAGAGAUAGCACCGAGUCUUAUAAACUUUGAACUCUUUUUAAAGGAGUACCGUCGUAAAAUACAAGAUAUUACAAAAGAAGUUAAGGUCGUUCCAAAAAAGUCAAGUGCUGAAGAUAUAAAAUAUUUGAAAAAAGCGGUCAUUGAUCUUGAACAACAACAUGCAAAAUUUACUUCUGCAGAGAAACAAUUAGGACAAAAAUCAAUAGAUUUUUAUUAUUUUGAUGAUAUAAUUACUACUCGAAACCGAUAUUGUACUGAAUUUCGAGCAAUGAUUAAAAAGUUUAAAAAAGUAUAUUUGAAAAAAAUAAGAAUUUGGUCAUCAGACAUGAUCAAUGCUAUUGGAUUCUUUUAUUCUGAUGAUACAUUUGAUAUAUACGGUACACCAAGUGAUGGUGAUUCUUAUGACUUUGAUUGGCAUAAAGGUGAAAAAAUUAAACAUAUCUUUAUACGAACUGGAUCUGUAUUGUAUGGAAUCCAAUUUCAUACUGAUCAAGAUCGAGUUUCUGAAUGGCGUGGUGGUGACAAAGGAGAUUUAUAUACUGUAUUUGAACAUACAUCACCAUCAAUUGGAAUUCACGGAAGUUUUUCUCGUCAAAUCUGUAGUAUUGGUAUCGUUUCACGUCGAGAGUUGUAA